AUGGCACCAAGCACCGAAAGUCCUACGACUACCAUUGUUAGGCCGAGGAAACAGAGGCCUAUUGAAGCUACUGAACUCGCUACAAAAGAUCAAACGUUUACUGAUGCGGAUGUCUGGGGCCGUGCUGGACUGGGACGCUCGUGGUUGAGGUCUCUUGUUGGGGCAUCGCCGCUUUUUCUCGCGCCAAUUGGAUCGAUAUCCAUAUUCAUCACGCUGGUUCAAUACGAAGGAUCAUUCUCACUCUUUACAGCCGCGGUGAAAGAACAUGGCUUCUGGAAUAUCUGCGCUCAGUACGGGCCUCAAAUUACUCUCAAGGGCAUCGCAGCUGUCAUCUGCUGGCUCGCCGUGCAAGCAGUCCUAUACAUCUAUCUCCCCGGCGAAAACCACAAAGGACAACUCACGCCAGCUGGAUAUCUUCUCGACUACAAAAUCAACGGGCUUUCAGCAUGGAUCGUGACGCAUUUGCUGUAUGGAGGACUCAGCUAUCUGGGGAUUCUGGACCCUGGCUUCAUACCCCGCAACUGGAGCAGUUUGAUUGGGGCUAUGAAUUUGGCUGGGUUCGUUAUCUCGGCACUUGCCUUUGUCAAAGCGUAUGUCGUGCCGUGUCAUCCAGAGGACAGAAAGUUUAGCGGAUCUUUGCUAUACGACUUUUUCAUGGGAAUUGAGUUGAAUCCGAGAUUGGGCGAUAAGUUUGACCUCAAACUGUUUAGCAAUGGUCGAGCUGGAAUGAUGGUGUGGACUUUGAUCGACUUUUCCAAUAUGGCUUACCAGUACCAGAACCAGGGGUACGUUGAGCCAUCACUAAUUCUCGUAACGGCACUUCAAACACUUUACGUGCUGGACUUCUUCAUAAACGAAUCCUGGUAUCUUCGCACAAUCGAUAUCGCCCACGAUCAUUUCGGCAUGUAUCUAAUCUGGGGCUGCUUCUGCUUCCUCCCGACAACAUACACCAUCCAAGGCCAAUAUCUGGGUCUCUACCCAUCAUCAGCAUCAACGCCCUACCUCGCCUUUUUCUUCACCCUCGGAGUAGCAGGCUACGUAAUGUUCCGCGUGGUAAACCAUCAAAAAGAUACCGUCCGACGAACAGGCGGCAACUGCAUGAUCUGGGGCAAGCCCGCCGAGUGCAUUGCAGCACGCUUCCGAACCUCGGACGGCAGACAGCACACUAGCUUGUUGCUGUGCAGCGGCUUCUGGGGUUGGUCUCGGCACGCAAACUACGUAGGGGACUUGUUGCUCAGUUUUAGUACUUGUGCGCUGGUCGGUAGCACGAAGGCUGUGGUGUGGUGGUACGCGGUCUGGAUGCUCAUGUUGCUUGUUCAUCGGUGCAUUCGGGACGAGAAGAGGUGUUCGGUUAAGUAUGGGGAUGCGUGGACUGAGUACUGCAAGCGUGUACCUUGGCGAUUUAUUCCUGGCGUUUGGUAG